AUUUUGUUGUAUUUGAGUAAAAUGUAAACAAUAACAAAAGCCCGCAAUGCAUGACCCUGACACUAAUCCUUUAAAAACAUCACCGUCUCUGUCAGUGAGCAGACGUGUAAUUUUUGCUCUCUGUAUUUUGGAAAGACAAACUUUAGUUAAUCUAGUUCAACGUGAGUUAUGCCUUCGCCGUACCACAUAUGUCUUGCUUGGACAGGAGAGUAUGAGGCAUUAAAGAAAUUAUUGAGCGAAGAUUUAAAGUUAACUGGAAUUUGGGAGCAACCGGGCGGCGAUAAGAAAGUAUUCAGGACAAAUGACACUUCGAUCUCGUGGCGAAAGAGUAAAAGUUUACUGCAUCUAAAGGGUACCGACGCCGGAAAAAUCACACAGCUACUCUGCACUAAAAUCUGUGAAUAUUUAAAUGCCGUAAGUAAAACUAAUAACAUGAUUAUCUCAGAUUGUUCAUGCCAGACAGAGUCGAACAUUUCGCAAUCUUGUCUAUGUAAAUGUAAAGAUACUUGCCAUGAUAUUGAGGGUCUUAAAUCUAGUCUAAAAGUUACUAGCGAAGCAAUUCAGUCAUUAUCAAAAGCUGUUAGUCAUAUCGCCGAGACGUUUACUCAUUUUCAAGAGGAUAUGCACGUUAAAAUAAAUCGAGGAAAUAAGUCUAAAACUACGAGGAAACGUUAUUUACAAGAGUCACUUCAAGAAUUUAAUAUGCAAGAAUCAUCCAACAACCAUAAUUCAAUAGAAACAAUUUAAAUUAUUGAAGCAAUAAAUUCUACUGACCCUAAAGUGAAUGACACCCCCUUACAAACAAAUACCACCGAAUCAAUUGAAAUCACCGAAGCUAGUAAUUCUACCGACCGGUCCGACCCCAAAGCGUGUUAUAUUCCAACUGUACAAAUCAAAGCUAAUUUAGGAACGCAGCCAAAAAAUUCAACGAACGUUGCCUCAACUCCAAAACAUCUAUA